GACCAUCGCAUCCAUCACCGAGCCAUGUCGAGGUAGAGCCAACAUACGCCCAGCCAUUCCAGCCAUUCCUUAUCUUGACCAACGAGCGGAUCAUCCGACAGUCGGAGACUUCUGGUGCGACCGGCACACAACUUACAUCAUGCGUGUCCCGGCAUCCGGCUACAAUGCCACACUGGUCGAUGCAGGGCCGUAUACUGGCAUGAAUGCCAACGAGUGGGCCGCGGAUGUCUUCGUACCGGAUGCAAUGCCGCAAAUGGUGGCUAAUGCUGUCGCCGUAAUAGUUGGGCUGUGGGAAUUUAUCGUGGGCGUGCCCGGAGAGUAUGUCAUUUGGCGACGAAUAUUCCAAGGGCCGUCUGGUCGGAGCAGUUUUGCGCCAUGGACAACGCUGGCGCUCAGGUACUUGAUGCUGACCCUAUCAGUCUCGCAAGCAUUCGGCACCUGGUCGACCACGAUGAAGACGGUCGCCGCUUGCAAAGUAGCCAGUGGAACGCUUGGCGCUGCUGGCCUUUUGCUGAAUUCGGGUACCAGCUUUGCCGUCGCUUGGAGGGCACAGGCUGUAGCCCGUGGGGUCAUACAAACCGCGGCAGGAUUGGUGCUUGUUCGCCUCACCAUUGCAGGCCUCCUUGUCGUCGAGCUGUUCCUAGUUUGGUUCACUGUGCUUUUCCCCAGCACUCGUAAUGCCAUCCAGACGGACCGCCUGCGGGCAGGUCGCUGCGUCUUGCGCACGGCGGCAAGCGGGACAGACCAGAUCGUUGGAAGGCCGCCCGAAUAUCGCAUUCUAUUGAUCUGCUAUUAUGGUGUGACGAUUCUCUUCAAUUUUGCGUGCUUGGUCAUCGUGUGUGUCGCGCUCAGAAGGCUUGCACGGAGAUCACACGGAUUCGCAAGAUUCAUUUCAGAGAUGGUCCUGCACUCAGUCUUCUUCUUCGUGGUCUCUGUCCUGGUGCUCACUCUAGGCUUGAUCUGGAUCGCCAUCGACGAGUACGCUGGCUGGAUCUUUUGGCCAGCCUCUGUCAUUCAAGCAGCAACGAUGGUGCGCGUCCUCAUCUCAGAGCAGAAUGCUGCGCGGCGACCACUCGACACUACGUUCAUGGAGCAGAGCGCUUACCCAAACACUGGCGGUACGACAGGCCGUGGGCCUACAUAUGGAGCUUAUUUCUCCAGAGGCGCGCCAGUAGCUGACCACAUGCGCGGUCCCGAAGCGCCCGUGGAAUACGCUACAGGAGACCACGGUCAGAGAGGGGAGACUACGGUGCAGUUUGCGGACAGGUAUGGUGGGCCGCUUUCCGCCACAGGGAUGCUGUCACGAAGAGGUGGUGGACGGGCACCUCCGAUCCUUAAUCCGCUGGAUAAUCUGGGUCAAGCAUUCUCUCAAAUAGAUUCGCGCAUGGACAUCGAUGAGCAAAGCUUCGAUGAUGGCAGGUCUUCGCUGCGUCACUCUGAGGGUGCCCGAGCGGACGGGACGAGCGGGUCUCGGCGUACCGACAGCAUUGCGCUUUCCAGACUCGAUGCUGGCUCUUCGGCACCCAAGCUUGGCAGUGGAGGCUCAACGGCGCCAUCACCAAUUUCAGCUGGCGCGUACCCGUAUCCGCGGCCAUGGGUACCGCCCUCUGAUGACCAUCUGAAUAUGGAUGCCGAACCCAAAGUGGCGAACGCAAUCCCUGCGCCUCCCUCAGAGCCUCGGUCCCGGCCUCAAGUUCGACGCUCGAGCUCGUUCUCGGUGAGGAGCUCCGAAGAAUCUUCCGAUAGACCACAAAUCCGGACAUACCCAGGCUAGUUGGUGUCCGCCUGUUCGCUAGUACACACUUGGAGCCCUACCUCUACUUUGCUCGCUUUGUACAACACACUGGAUGACCCUUGGUCGUCUGAACGACUUGUAGCUCCUACUCACUGGUCCGCACUUUCUGCUGUACUAUACGGUUACGCACUACACAUUGGCUUUCAUCGUUCGACGUCUCAACGUCUUCGGAAUCGGCAUGCUGCCAAGUGUCGUCUACUCGCUUUCGAACCACAAGUGCCAGCCAAGGAGCGCC